AUGGAACAGUAUGAAGUUCUAGAACAGAUUGGUAAGGGCUCUUUUGCCUCUGCUCUUCUUGUAAGACACAAGCAUGAAAACAAAAGGUAUGUGCUCAAGAAGAUCCGUCUUGCUCGUCAGACUGAAAGAGUCCGUAGAUCUGCUCACCAGGAGAUGGAGCUUAUUUCAAAAGUUCGUAAUCCGUUCAUUGUAGACUAUAAAGAUUCAUGGGUAGAAAAGGGUUGUUUUGUGUGUAUCGUAAUUGGCUAUUGUGAAGGAGGAGAUAUGGCUGAAGCUAUUAAAAAGGCUAACUGUGUUCAUUUUUCUGAAGAGAGGCUUUGCAAGUGGCUAGUUCAACUCUUGAUGGCACUUGAUUACUUGCAUGCAAAUCAUAUUCUACACCGCGAUGUCAAGUGCUCAAAUAUAUUCUUGACAAAAGAUCAAGAUAUACGUCUAGGUGACUUUGGUCUUGCUAAAAUGUUGACAAGUGAUGAUCUUGCUUCUUCGAUUGUGGGGACUCCGAGUUAUAUGUGCCCUGAGCUUCUUGCCGAUAUACCCUAUGGAUCUAAGUCAGAUAUUUGGUCUUUGGGAUGCUGUGUAUAUGAAAUGGCUGCGCACAAACCAGCUUUUAAAGCUCUUGAUAUGCAAGCACUAAUUAACAAAAUAAACAAGUCUUUAGUGUCCCCACUACCAACAGUUUAUUCUGGUACUUUCCGAGGCAUGGUGAAGAGUAUGCUACGGAAAAAUCCCGAGCUUAGGCCAAGUGCUGCAGAGCUACUAAAUCAUCCACAUCUUCAACCUUAUAUAGUUAAAGUUCAUCUGAAACUAAACAACCCCAGAAGAAGUACUUUUCCAUUCCAAUGGACUGACUCAAACCAUGCUAGGAGAAGUCGAUUUGUAGAACCAGAAUCUGUUUCCACUCUCUCUGGCAGAGUUAAACGAUUGUCAUUCAGUAACGACAGGGCCUUGAAUCCUAGUAUUUCUGGAACUGAAGUAGGUUCUCUGUGUUCUACUCAAAGAGCUCAAGGAUUCUCUACUUAUUCAAAACAUUAUGAGCUAUCCAUUGGCUGUGUCCGUGAAGAACAGAAUGCUAACAAAUCAAAAGACACCAAGUUCUCAAUUGUUCGUCAAAUGGAAAGGAGAGCAGCUAAGGAGUUUGCCACCCCCCGGCGACAGAUUACCCCAUCAAAGAUAGCCCAUACUAGUUCCAAGCGCGAUUCUCUUCCAUCAUCUUCUAUUCCAGCUGGUAAAUUUACCCCACCGUCUCGCAGAGCUUCCCUUCCAUUGCCUACAAGAUCCACAACCACGACCACUCCUUAUAGAGCCAAUGUUGAUUUUCUUCGAAAUGUGGACUCUCCUAAUAUUUCUGUGAAUGCGCCACGAAUUGACAAGAUUGCCGAGUUUUCUUUGGCCCCUGGUGAGGAUCAUCCUCUCUUCCCUGUGCCCGGAACAUCAUCAACAUCAGCUCAGUGCUCUUCUAGUUCCCCAAGGAGUGCUGCUGACUACACAAUCACAAAAGACAAGUGUACUAUCCAGAUUGUGGACAAAGCCAAGGUCCCUACCCGUGGUACUCUAGUUUCGUGUGGCAAUGAAUGCUCUGAACAUGUCACAAAUGCUGUUUCAAGCAAUUCAUCGACAGAUUCUCGUCAACGCAAGUUUGACACCUCGUCUUACGAGCAACGAGCGGAGGCAUUAGAAGGGUUGCUCGAGUUCAGUGCCCGGCUUCUACAACAACAGAGGUUUGAAGAGCUUGAGGUGUUGCUGAAGCCAUUCGGGCCGGAGAAGGUUUCUCCAAGGGAAACAGCCAUUUGGUUGACUAAGAGCUUUAAAGAAACUUUGGUCUAA